AUGUCUAAAACCCUUCUUUCUCGCAUCAAACCCCUUCACAGACCCAAACCCAUUUCUUUUUCUUCUUCUCCAUUUCCCUUCAGGCCCUACGUCAAACUAGUUCAAGACUGUGUCCAAAUCCUCAAAAACCAUGAACAAUGGGAGAAGUCCCUCGAAAUCCACUUCGCCGAAUCCCAAGUCCUUGUUUCGGACAUUGCCCAUCACGUUUUAGACAGAAUACACGAUGUAGAACUGGGUUUGAAGUUCUUCGAUUGGGCUUCGAAGCGACCGUAUAGUUGUUCGCUUGAUGGAUAUGCUUAUUCUUCGCUUUUGAGGCUUUUAGCGAGGUUUAAAGUGUUUUCGGAAAUUGAAUUGGUGUUGAAGAGUAUGAACCUUAAUGAACUAAAGCUGACCCCUGAAGCAUUAAGUGCUGUAAUUCGUGCUUAUGCGGAUUCUGGAUUGGUAGAUAAGGCUCUUGAGUAUUAUUUUAUGGCUGGUGAAAUGCAUGAAUGUGUUCCGAGUGUUUACGCAUGUAAUUCGUUGCUUGAUGUUCUUGUGAAACAUCGGAGAACUGAAAUCGCAUGUCAGGUGUAUGAUGAAAUGCUUAAGAAAUCCUGUGUGGAUAAUUAUAGCACUUGUAUCAUGGUUAGGUGUUUGUCUAAGGAAGGGAAGGCCAAUGAAGGUAAGAAGUUGAUUGAAAAUAUGUGGGGGGAGGAUUGUGUCCCGAAUGUAGUGUUUUACAAUACACUUAUCGACGGGUAUUGCAAGAGAGGUGAUAUUGAGAGUGCUAGCAGACUUUUCAAGGAGUUGAAAUUGAAGGGAUUUUUGCCUACAUCGGAGACUUAUGGGGCUAUGAUAUAUGGGUUUUGCAAAGAAGGGAACUUUGAGGUGAUUGAUCGCUUUUUGGUGGAAAUGAAAGAUAGGGGUUUGAAUAUUAAUGUUCAAGUUUAUAAUAAUAUAAUCGAUGCUCAAAAUAAGCAUCACCAUACAGUUGAAGCCGUGACGAUGAUGGGGAGAAUGAUUGAGAGUGGUUGUGAGCCGGAUAUUAUAACCUACAAUACGCUGAUAAAUGGUUCAUGUAGGGAGAGAAAGGUUAAGGAAGCUGAAAAACUUGUGGAGCAGGCAUUGCAAAGGGGAUUAAAGCCGAAUAAGUUUACUUAUACUCCUCUUAUACAUGGCUAUUGCAGACAAGGGGAAUACUUAAGGGCCUCAGAUUUGCUUAUUAAGAUGAUGGAAGAAGGGGACAAACCCGAUUUGGUGUCUUAUGGAGCUCUCAUGCAUGGACUUGUGGUUACAGGGCAAGUUGAUGCUGCGUUGACAAUCCGAGACAAUAUGAUGGAAAGGGGAGUAUUGCCUGAUGCUGGUAUUUACAAUGUUUUGAUGAGUGGACUCUGCAGGAAAGGGAGGCUUCCUGCUGCAAAGCGGCUACUUGCUGAGAUGCUUGACCAAAACAUACAACCUGAUGAAUUCGUUUAUACUACUUUGGUGGAUGGAUUAAUCCGAAAUGGUGACAUUGAGGAAGCAAAGCAACUAUUUGAGCUCGCCAUUGAAAAAGGAAUAGACCCUGGUGUUGUGGGGUACAAUGCCAUGAUAAAAGGCUUCUGCAAAUUUGGAAUGAUAAAGGAUGCAUUCUCAUGCCUCAGUAGAAUGAGGAAAGGGCGUCAUGCUCCAGAUGUCUUUACUUAUACCACACUUAUUGACGGAUACAUAAAGCAGAAUGACUUGGAUGGUGCACUGAGGAUGUUUGGGCUGAUGCUGAAACAGAGAUGGAAGCCAAAUGUGGUCACAUACACCUCCCUCAUUAAGGGGUUUUGCAGUACCGGAGAUUCCAAUAGAGCUGAAAAAACUUUUAGAGACAUGCAAUCUUGUGGUUUGGAACCUAAUGUUGUCACAUACAGCAUACUUAUUGGGAGGUUUUGCAAGGAGUGUAAACUUGCAAAAGCAGCCUCCUUUUUUGAACUGAUGUUGAUGAACAAGUGCGUUCCCAAUGACGUUACGUUUCAUUAUCUUGUAAAUGGGUUUGCAAAUACUCCACCCAGUUUAAUUCCCAAGGAAAGCAAUGAGCUUCAGGAGAGUAGUAAGUCUAUGUUUCUAGACUUUUUCGGAAUGAUGAUGUCUGAUGGAUGGAUGCAAAUGACUGCGGCAUAUAAUUCUAUUAUUGUUUGCCUUUGCCAACAUGGAAUGGUUAAAACUGCUUUACAGUUGCGAGAUAAGAUGAUCAGUAAGGGCUUCCUUGUAGAUUCUGUUUCUUUUACUGCCCUGCUGCAUGGUAUUUGCUUGGAAGGAAGAUCAGAGGAAUGGAAGGAGAUUAUCGCCUGCAAUUUGAACGAAAAGGAGCUCCAAACCGCUGUCAAAUACUCACUUAAAUUAAACCAAUACGCAAGUCAAGGAAGGACGUCUGAGGCUCCACUUAUUGUACAGACAUUGAUUGAAGACAAGAAGUCUAAUGAUCCACGAGUGGAAGAUCCGAAGCCUCAGUGA